AUGGUGCAAUUUGAAAGAGCUGGUCCAGAGAGUGAGUUACAAUUGAGAAAGUACGCUGGAAAGAAGAGAGAUUCAGAGGAGGAGUCCCUGACGUCUUCGCGUUUUGCAAUCCAAGCAUUUUCUCGAAAAACUAACAUCACCAUCGUGCUCAAGAGUCACCGGAAGUUCACGCGCUUCACCGCCUAUACACUCGCCGUCACGCGCCAUCCGGAGGUUGAAGACACUGACGUCAGCUGCCACGUUAGCGAUCUGACCGGUCAACGACAGCAAACUCUGUUAAACAACAACAGAGAAAACUUAGAGGGAGAUUUGGGAAGCAGUAGUUCGUCAUCUAUCGACAACCGCCGCUGCCCACGACAACAACAAUUCCGCCCUAAUGACAUCAAAGUUGACAUUCCUGAAUUCAAGGGAAGGCUCCAGCCAGACAAGUUUGUAGAUUGGCUGCAAACUGUUGAACGAGUAUUUGAAUACAAAGAGAUUUUAGAUGUGCAGAAAGUCAAGAUUGUUGCCCUCAAACUCAAGAAACUUGCUUCUAUUUGGUGGGAAAACCUCAGACGGAAGUGGGAACGUGAGAGAAAGCAUAAGAUUGAGACCUGGGAGAGAGAGAAGGAGGAGCAAACAAUAGCUCGAUACCUUGCAGGCUUAAACACAGAUAUCAGUCGUCCAGUCCAGCUUCAACAAUAUUGGACCUUAGAUGAUGUCAUUCGUCUAGCCCUGCGUGUUGAGAAGCAGAUGCCCAAGAGGUCCACUUUCCAGCCUUCGUCCUCUAGGGGUUAUCCAAAAGGUCGUAAGGUAGAAUUUCAGCAGACCAACUCCUCAAGCAAGCCACAACCUACUGCUAUACACAAACCACCAUCCAAUAUUGCCAAGGAAUCUGGAUCAGGGUAUGAAGCACUUGAAGAAGAUGAGGAGGAUACUAAGUUCUACGGCACUGAUCCCGUAUAUAAUGAGGAGGUCAUACUUGCUGAUCAAAGAGAAGCAUUGGUGCUUAGACAAAUAUCUAACUACAUGGUGGAGAAACUAAAGUUGCCAACACAAGAUCAUCCACAACCUUACAAGCUGCACUGGCUUAACAAAGGGAAUGAGGAGGAAUUCAAAGUGUUGAAAUCCGAAGCCCAAAUGAUGAGCUUUAUUCUGGUGCUUGAGGUGAAUGACGAGACGGCCAAUCCACCUAGAGUCAUUCCGCUAUUGUCAGAAUUUCCAAAUGUAAUAUCUGAUGAGAUACCACCAAGGUUGCCUCCAAUGCGAGACAUACAGCAUGCCAUUGACUUCGUUCCAAGAGCAGUCAUUCCUAAUAAGCCUGCUUACAGGAUGAGUCUCCAGGAACAUGCCGAAGUCCAACGACAAGUUGAAGAGUUGUUGAAGAAAGGCUUCCACGGAUUAGCUUCUUUCUAUAGGAGAUUUAUCCAUAAUUUUAGCUCAAUUGCUGCACCACUUAUAGACUGCACUAAAGGAGAGAAGUUUCAGUGGACAGAGCAAGCUCAGAAAAGCUUUGAGGAGCUUAAGAAGAAGUUAACCGAAGCUCCAGUCCUAGCUCUUCCUAAUUUUGACCAAGUGUUUGAAGUUAGCUGUGAUACUUCUAACACCGGCAUUAGUGCUGUCUUAAGCCAGGAUGGCCAUCCCAUUGCCUUUUUUAGUGAGAAGCUCAAUGAUGCCAAGCUCAGAUAUUCUACCUAUGACAAGAAAUUCUAUGCCAUUGUCCGAGCUCUUCAAUAUUGGAGUCAUUAUCUCCUGAAUAAAGAGUUCAUACUUUUUUCUGAUCAUGAGGCUCUCAAGUAUUUAAACUCCCAGCAGAAGAUCAGUCGCAAACAUGCUCGUUGGAGUAAACUCUUACAGUCUUAUCCAUUCCUUAUCAAACAUAAGGCUGGAACUCUGAACUCCAUAGCUGAUGCCCUUAGUCGUCGCCAUGUGCUACUUACAACACUACAAACUAAGGUUGUUGGAUUUGACUUUGUCAAAGAGUUGUAUCAGGAUGAUCCUGAUUUUUAA